UGUUUCCCGCCACACGCCAGGCUCAGCUCACUCUAGUGGAGCCGCUCACUCAGGCGGGAAUGUGAUUGUGGCAAGAUUUAGUAGGCUAAACAUGAGUGAAAUUGAUAUACACUCCAGUGUAAAGAGAAAAUAUAAUGAUCUUUCUCUUGAUUUAAAUUUAGACCAAGCAACAGCUGAUGAAGCAUGGAAUAAUUAUGAAAAUAUUCAGCUAAAAUACAUUCUGGAGGGUGUGCAACUACCAUGGUUGGCGUGUGCACUGUAUGCAGCAUGCAGGCGAAGGUCUGUCCCUACGGUAGGAGGACGCCCUGGGAACAUGAUCCAGGGCAAUUGUGUAUCCCUAACUCGUAUGUUGCAGCACUGCAACCUCCCGUUGACAGAAUUCAUAAAGAAAAUGAAAGCCUGGCUGGCUAUGUCACACUUUGAUGAAGGUUUCUGUCGAAGAGUAGAACUGUUGGAGCGGAACUUUGCUGUGUCCAACAACAUUUUCAAAAAGUACAAACCUAUCUUCCGAGACUUGUUCAAAGAUCCUGCAAAUGACUUACCUCGUCCCCCACGGUCACGUAAACAACGGAGGCCUCCUUGUAACUCUACUGAAAUCUUUCGUUUCUGUUGGACAUUGUAUAUCCUAAUAAAGGGGAAAUAUCCAAGUAUUCCCCAGGAUCUUGUUAGCUGUUAUUCAUUACUUCUAGCUUCUAUUGAUCUUAUUUAUGCAAAUGUGGUGCUCUCCAACCGUAAAGAUCUCAUCAAUCCGACUUGCCAAGGAUUACCAAAAGACUUAUUGAACAGUGAAUCAGGAAGUGAGUUGUCAUCAUGGCCAGUGUCAAUAAUGGAUUAUCUCUGUGAAAAAUUUGAAGGUGUUCUUGUAGAAACCAAAGUUGUCCGGGAAUACUACUGGAAUAAACACAUCAGAGAUCUCAUAGAGAAAAAGGUGCUGAAGGGUGGUGUAGAAGGCACUGGCCUGCUAGAACAAGCAAAUUUUGAUCAUAAUUUGAAAGAAGUGAAAAAUGCCUACGAAGAGUACUUGUUAAGUUAUGGAGAGUUUGACGAGAGAAUGUUCUUGAACGAAGAUGAAGUAGUAAAAGGUGCAACAGGAACAUCUCCUCCAUCAACUCACGCGACCCAUCAGGACUCUCCCUUGGAUUCAGGAUCAAUCAGGCAGGCUAGAAGGAACUUAGUGCAGUCAUUUGAAGGUGACCAUCAUUUAGUGCCACAAACACCAAUCACUGGUCGUCGUUAUACUAUAGACCGUCCAACCAUUGGCAACAAUCCUCUGACAGUGGUCACCUCAGGCCUACAAAAACUUUAUGCCCUUCUUGCAGGUCGAAAAAAUAAUGCUAGUGAAGAACUUCUUGAAGUAUUCAAAACGUGCAAGAUUAACCCCGAGGAAAAGAUUACAUCACUGGUAGCAGAAUUAAGUGAGGAGUUCUGUCGCCUUUACACCCAAGCCACAGAAGACUACAAUGGUCCCAGUAUAGACUUUGCAAAAAUGAGGCUACAGAUGGGCCAGAUGCUGUACUACACCUUUUUGGAACACAUCUUAGUGGAUGAAAGAAGGAGAGGUGUUGAUCUCAUGGCAAUUCUAAAAGAGGAUUUAUUUCAUCGAACGUUGUUUACUUGCUGCCUAGAAAUAGUACUCAAGUCCUAUAAUGAUCCUAGAAGGUUUCCCUGGUCUCUAAAGGUUGGACGUGUAGAGCCUUACUUCUUCAUCAGAAUUAUUGAACCUGUCAUACGGUCGGAGAAACAGUCUGACAAUCAGCUGUCUAGAGAAUUGGUAAAGCAUCUUAAAGGGAUAGAGGAGCAGAUCUUAGACUCUCUAGCAUGGAAGGCAGAAUCACCUCUAUGGCAGAUCAUCCAAAGUGGCAAUAUGGACAUUCCCUCAUGCCAGGAUGUGAAUUUCUCUGAUCAGUUGGAGACAGAGAUGAACCCAGUCACUCCUUCUAUAAGCUUAUCUUUAAAUCCUAUGUCUCCAGCUUCAAAACUAGUCAAUGAUAAGGCUACUCCAAACAAUCUUCAGCUUUCACCUUUGUCCACGAUCUCAGAAAGAUUUCAGUCCCCCGUGGGACAGUCAUCUGCCAGAAGGACUCUCUUUCCAUCUUCUACGUCAGUUGGGUCACUUGAUCCUCCUCCUACGCUUACUUUUUCUCGACCUGGUGGUAAUCGGUUGCCUGCUGUAUCUACUGUGAUCACCACCACUUCAUCUCCCUCCGCCGUUCACAAGUCACCAAGUCGCAUCACUGUUCAGUUGAAGGAGAAUGGAGUAACAACAUUAUACACAGUACCAACAAAUUCUCAAGGAACAACAGGCACUCCAGAGGCCAACACAGAAAAUCCAACUGAGAGAAUAGCUGACACACCAAAUGUAGACAAGAAAAAAGACAAACCAAAGAGACAUGGUUCUUUAGCUUUGUUUUAUAGAAAGUUCUACACCUUGGCAAAUAUGAGACUACGAGAAUUGUGUGAUAGAUUAGAUAUAACAGAUAAAGACCUGAGAAAAAAGAUUUGGACUUGCUUUGAGCAUUCAAUUAUCCACUACACAGAGCUAAUGCGUGAUCGUCACAUGGAUCAGAUGGUAAUGUGUGCUAUAUACAUUACUUGUAAGGUCACAGGAAAUGACCGUAUCUUCCAAGAAAUUAUGAAACAUUACAGGAAUCAACCUCAAGCUGCAUCACAUGUGUAUCGUAGUGUGUUGAUAUCAAGAUCCAAAGCUUCACAUUCAUCCAUGAAAUCUGAAGCUGAUUCUAGUCAGCAACAAGGAAAUGCACCUCCACCCACACCAAGUCAAAUGACAGGAACCUCGGCUAGCUUUGAUUCAGAGGAGCGUGGUGAUCUCAUCUUAUUCUACAACCAAGUAUAUGUGCAACAAAUGAAGGCAUUUGCGCUCAAGUUCCGGGCAGCCCAGGAGGGUGAUCUUCCUCCACUGUCACCACUUCCUGUUGUGCGUCACACCCCAGUCUCUCCACGUCGAAGGAUUUCCAGUAAUCAUUCGGUGUUCAUUAAUUCCCUCAGUCCAGUAAAGGGUAGCACAGCAAUGUCACCACGGAAGCCCCUCCCAUACUUUUUCAACCGGAGUCCAGCUAAGGAUUUGAGGGUUAUCAACAACAUGCUCAAGAUGAAAGGUGCUGGAGUGAAACGCUUGUUGGGUGACACUGACCUUUGUGGUCCAGAUAGUAAGCGCCCCCUUCUUGUUGGCAUGACAAAGCGCAUACAGGGAGUCCUGGGUGAUCGUAUGUCAGCAACACCAACCUUAGACCUUCAACAAGACACAACAGCCACUCGGGAGGCCUUAACUUUGCCACAAAAUGGCCAUGUCACAGAGCCAAUCAGUGAAGACUACAGUACAUCAGAGCAACCUUAGCCCUUUGGCAAUUUUUAGGUGGGUUUAUAGAAGAAUUAAUCAUUGCUUAAGAAACUUUUUUUUCCCCCUUUGCAAUAAAUGGAUGGAUUAUUCUUAGCAAGCUUGUGUUGGUAUGCCAAUGUUCUUGUUUAUCAUUCUGCCGAUACAUGGUCCAUAUCCUUCGACAACGACUGCGUGAAGUUUGUUUCCAGACAAGUACUGUAUCAGACUGGUCUUUUAGGCAAAUCUUACAUGAUGGAGUGUGCAUAGCUGAUAAAUUUACUUCACAGUGGCACCAGUUUCCAUCUUACCCAGCACAGCCUGUAGGCCUAUAUCUUGCUGUUAUCUGAAGCAGCAGAAUAUAUCUUAUAUUGUCAGCUAUCAAGAGGGGCAUUUUAUUGUGCAAACCAAAGAUAUUUGGUUGUGUUUCAUAUUAAAGGUUGUGUUGGGUAAACAAGGGGUCACUACAAUAAAUGAACUGAUUGGUGGCAAUACUUCUAAAUGAUUAAGUUCUUCAGUUAUAUUGUUUUGGGUGUCUUCUCAUCUUCAGAAAGAUAAGAUGUUCAAUAUUAAACUGAUAGAAAAUUUUAUUCACAUGUUUAUAUAGUAAUAAUUAUAUAAUAAAUGUUUAUCGUUGUAACUUAAAUGUUUUAAUUUGCAAUUAUACAGUUGUGUACCUUUUUAUUUUAAAUUUAUUAAAGUGUAUAUUUUGUAUUUUCAUUGUUUAUGCAAUGAGAAUAAUAAGUUGCUACAGUUAGCCAUGUAUACCUUUCCAUGAUUUUGGUUGUGUUCUCUUGCUGUUGAGAUAAAUAUUUGAAAAUUCUCAAGUUCUUUAGAGAAUCCGGUUAUGGUCAUAUUGCGAGGCAGACAAAGAUUUUGGGGGGGGGGAGAUUGGAGUACAAGUUUGUAAAUUGUAAUAAAUUAAUCACUUAUACAA